GAGAAGCACGGCCAGUGCAGGCGAUUUGAGGCGGGCACGGCCACCAGCUACAUCCUCUCGUGGAGCCAAGUGUACAUCUUUGAUAACACCACGGCCUGGGUGGAGGCACGAUGGGGGAACCAGGUCCGCAGGACCCCCAACCACACCCUGCACCUCAACGGGGCUGUCAAACUGGAUCCACUCACUGGGAUGUCCUUCUCCGAGAGCGGUGGCCAGCUGAGGGUGAGGGUGCCACAGCCACAGUGUGACAGCCUGAAGCAGCCACCACAGCACGAGGCUCGCUUCUGGAGGGUGGGAGACAGCGGCUGGACACAGGUGACAUGUGAGACAGUGAUGGUGACAACUAAAGAAAACUCAGUGACCUGUGCCCUGGGGGUCAAUGGCACCUUCGUGGUCCAGCUCCGGCACAAGCCUCCCCACUGGAGCAGCCCCUGGAGCGACUGGAGCAGCAACAUCUUUCCUCCUGCAGCAAUCCUGAGGAGGCCGGUGCUGAGCCAUCAGCUGGGCAAGCUGGGCACAGACGGGCAGCGGGCGCUGAGGCUGAGCUGGCAGCCAGUCCUCAUGGAGCACAAGGACGUCACCUACAAGCUGGACAUCACCAUGGUGGGGUGUGGCUGUGCAGAGUCCAUUGAGGAGGGCUCGGUGAAGCUGGGCAGGGAGGUGACAGAGCACAACCUCACCCUCUCCGGGGCCGAGUACCAGAUCCUGCUGAGCGCCAACAACGCCGCGGGGCACGGGCCAGCACGGCAGCUCCGUGUGCCGGCAGGGCAGAGCGCAGAUCUCAGCUUCAGGGAGAUCAGCGUGGCCGGCAGCACCGUGACCGCGCACUGGGAAGCGCCGGUGCCUGGCGAGGCUUUCUGCUUCGAGCAGCAGACCCUGCCAGAGCCCCCGGAACAGGGAGUCUGCAUCCCGCAGGAAUUCCCUGCCAACAGCACCCACACGCAGAAAGGAGUGCUGGGAGAGCAGGGAUGUCACCGCCUGGCUGUGCAUGGCUGGGACACGGAGAGGGGCUGGGCCACCUUCGCUUUGUGGCAUCACUACAGCGGCAAUGGUGAGCAUUCGCUGGAUGUGCCCUUCAACAUCAGCACGGGGGAGAGGGAGGCCGUGCUCCGCUGGGAGCCGUCCCCACGGGCUGCCUGCCCAGGCGCCCUGGCCAAGUACCUCGUGUGCCAUGUGGCUGAAGGGGACAAUGUGACCUACAGUGAAGUGGAGGCCACGGCAUCGAACUACACCCUCCAAAACCUCCAGCCUGGCACAGGCUACAGGGUGGGGGUUUGGGAGGUGACAGAGGACAGCGAGAGCGCCUGCAGGGCUUGGUGGCCCUUCCAGACCAGGGUGCUGGGUCCCCAGGGAGCACCGUGGAGAGGCAACCUGAGCUACCUGGGCAUCUGGCUUGGUGUUCCCGCUGCAGCUGCCAUCUACCACCUGAGCAAAAGGAGGGCUCGCCGCCUCCUCUUCCCACCCCUUCCCAAGCCCGUGGGCACCAAAGCCACGCAGUUCUCGGCCGAACAGGGCCAGCCCCGGACCGGCCUCCUGGAGCCCUCGGAGAGGUUCAGCCCAGCCGAGCUGCUGCUGAUGGAGCAGAAUCCCAGCGAGGAGAGGACUGACACGGGCAGCCAGAGCGCAGUGCCACCCCCUGAUGUGUCACAGCCCGGCCCCGCGGUGGAAAAGCCGGUGACAGUGGUGAUGUCCCCUCUGGGCUGCGGGGAGGAGCUGCCCUUCACCUACCGCAGGCAGGAGAUGCUGAGCCCGGUGGGAUCUGCCCCCUCCAGCAGCAACGGCAGCACUGGGCACCCACCUGGAGAGGAGGAGGAGGAGGAAGAAGAGGGAAGGCAGGAGCUGCAUCAGCCGCUGGUCCCCAUUGCCCUGCUCAUCUCCGACAAGCCCAUCAUCAUCAGGUGUUGA